AUGAAGAUUGACUCAGUGCGUGAUGCAUUUUUAAGUGAUUAUGAGGUGCUACAGUUUUUGUCGCAUUUGGAACGCAGGCAUGAAUGGACUAUGGACGAAGAUGUGGAUAUGACCGGAAAAGACAAGAAACGGAAAAGAAGACCUUACAACCAUCCAGAACUGCAAGCCAUUACCAGAGACACAAUAAGGUAUCUAUCCGAGCCUAAAGGGGUGGUAGACGCUGAGAAUCCCGAGGGCGAUGGCGAUACCAAAGUGAGGUCGCCUCUCACAAAGCUUAACGAUCAGAAAUUCUCGGAACUAAUGAACAAGCUCAAUGAGUUUUCUCUGUUCAAAGCCGAGAAGUUACAAAUUGUUAAUCAACUGCCUACGAAUUUGGUCCACUUGUACGCUAUCGUAGAAGAGUGUGAUUCCCGCUUCACCGAAGACCAGACGGCACAGAUUGUGGAAGCCGUUCAAAACGUCUGA